CCUAACAGCAGCCGCAGGGGAAGGGCACCGCCGGCAUCCUCCUGUGACUGCACAGAACACUAUGGCUAUGCGUCCUCCAAUGUCAGCCCUGCCUUGCCGCUCCCCCCAGCACACUCCACCCUGCCGGCCCCAUGCCACAACCUUCAGACCUCCACACCGGGCAUCGUCCCGCCGGCGGAUCACCCCUCAGGGUACGGAGCAGCUUUGGACGGUGGGCCCGCGGGCUACUUCCUCUCCUCUGGCCACGCCAGGCCAGAUGGGGCCCCUGCCCUGGAGAGCCCUCGCAUCGAGAUAACCUCAUGCUUGGGUCUGUACCACAACAACAACCAGUUUUUCCACGAUGUGGAGGUGGAAGACGUCCUCCCCAGCUCCAAACGGUCCCCCUCCACGGCCACGCUGAGUCUGCCCAGCCUGGAGGCCUACAGAGACCCCUCGUGCCUGAGCCCGGCCAGCAGCCUGUCCUCCCGCAGCUGCAACUCAGAGGCCUCCUCCUACGAGUCCAACUACUCGUACCCGUACGCGUCCCCCCAGACGUCGCCAUGGCAGUCUCCCUGCGUGUCUCCCAAGACCACGGACCCUGAGGAGGGCUUUCCCCGCGGGCUGGGGGCCUGCACGCUGCUGGGGUCCCCGCGGCACUCCCCCUCCACCUCGCCCCGCGCCAGCGUCACUGAGGAGAGCUGGCUGGGUGCCCGCUCCUCCAGGCCCGCGUCGCCGUGCAACAAGAGGAAGUACAGCCUCAACGGCCGGCAGCCGCCCUGCUCACCCCACCACUCGCCCACGCCGUCCCCGCACGGCUCCCCGCGGGUCAGCGUGACCGACGACUCGUGGUUGGGCAACACCACCCAGUACACCAGCUCGGCCAUCGUGGCCGCCAUCAACGCGCUGACCACUGACAGCAGCCUGGACCUGGGUGACGGCGUCCCUGUCAAGUCCCGCAAGACCACCCUGGAGCAGCCGCCCUCGGUGGCGCUCAAGGUGGAGCCCGUGGCGGAGGACCUGGGCAGCCCCCCACCCCCGGCCGACUUCGCGCCCGAAGACUUCUCCUCUUUCCAGCACAUCAGGAAGGGCGGCUUCUGCGACCAGUACCUGGCGGUGCCGCAGCACCCAUACCAGUGGGCGAAACCCAAGCCCCUGUCCCCUGCGUCCUACAUGAGGUGAGCUGGUGGCGGGGGCGGGGGCUG